AUGAGAGCCGUACUGAUUCUGUCGCUCCUACUGGGAGUGCAAAGCUCCCCUGUGCCCGACGCCACCACCAGUAAACAGUGGCUGAUCACGCUGAACACGACCAUCUUCUGGCCCACAUCCACCGACUAUUUCUACGGGCCCACCGACGGUCCCGAGGCAUCGGUAGUCUCUUGUAACGCCGAAUGGAUUGAGUAUGAAGCCCGGUCCACCGAGCUGUGGUCGUUGGGCCCGACAGCCACCACGACGUCCUUCGGCUCCUAUCCUAGCAGCUCCGGCGCCUGUCGGACCUCCUUUUCCGACGAACGUUGGUCCGAUACGCAUACGGGCCCGCUGACCACCCUCUGCGACGGGGCGCCGCGAGCCCUGGGACCGCGCGAGACGGCGACGGGCUACUAUCCCGGCACCGGGCCUUGCAGCUCGUUCGACGUCACCUACAGCGAACGCAGCUCGCUGUAUCGCUCCCCUUCCCCCAUGCCGACCUGCACGCUGGAGAUAGAGGACUGCGUGGGCAUCUGGGAGACCUACAGCAGCCGGUCUAGUGCCUGGCGCUCGUCCAUCAGCACGUCGACCUACGGGGACACGGCAAAACCCAUCCGGCCGUGGUCGUGCCCGACGCCUGCCAGGGAAUAUCCCGAGGAAAAUCCCUGUUCGGCCUGUCAUUUCCUGCCCGCCACGGCCACCGUCUUCUACUGGCCUGUCGAGACGGCCGACGGCGACCUGUGCCUGCAAAACGGCACCACGAUCGAGGCGACGCCCACAGCACCCCCGGCGGCCAACACGGCGGUGGUAGAUGGGCACACGAUGGAAUCGCCAAGUGUAUACAUCUCCUUCACCUCCAUCUAUGCCUGGAGCAACCGGCGGGCGCACCCGGGGCAUCAGUGUGGUGAAUAUCACUCGAACGAGUUGAUCGCGGUGCAUCCGACCGACGUGGUGUCGAUGCGCGGGCAUCGCAACGCGAAAUACCCAUCGAUCGGCGAGGAGUAUCCCUUCAACUUCGCCGAAUUUGCGCCGCAGACUCUGGGUGAGUACACGCAGACGGUCGUGCCCUGGCCGCAGUAUCGCGGCGGCUCGCAGUGUCCGUUGCCCGACGGCAACACCUGCACGAUGGUGCGCGACGACUACGUGCCCUGGAUGCAGCUGCCCGAGGCAGUGCGCCAGAUCGAUGCCUCGUGGUCCGUGUGCCAUCGCAGCUGGUAUAUCCCGCCGGUGACCCUGGUGCCUCUGAUCGACGGCACUGCCAGCUGGACACCGGCACCGCCAGAUCCCACAGACGUCGAGGACGUGCAGUUGCAGGCAGUGCCCCAGCCCGUCGGGGCGCUGGCGACGCCGACGCCAACCAGCGAGAAAGGAUGGUAG